AGCCGUCGUCGUCGUCGGGGUGAGUGAGAUUUUCGCCCCUGCAGUAGUGUACCUAGCUGGACCCUGACGCUCUCGUCCUCUCUCUCCUCCAACCAACUAACCCCUUUCAACUUUGCAGCCAGCCAGUCUCAUGCACACCAUCGCCGUAUCUGCGAUCGGUCCGUGCUUGAUGCUAAUUGAUGCUAAAAUGCCAGCAACGCGCGGGGGCCACUGCCCGGCCCGCUGCCCGAUCAUGGCUCAUUGGCCCGGAAGCGGGAGUCUGCCGGGGGGCGGACGAGCUUUAUCCCGGGACUAAGAGAGAUGUGCAAUGCAUGAUGCGGUGCGAGAUGCGUUGUUGGUUGUUGGGCUUCGCUGUUGUUGUUGCCUGCUGCUCGCGCCCGUUACACCAGAUUGGUGUUUCUGCGUCUGCGUCUGCGUCUGCGUCUGCGCGUCUGCGGCUGCGGCUGCGGCUGCGGCUGCUGUGGCCGUGGCUGCCGCGUCGAUCUGGGUCACGGUCACGGGUGCAAAGCCAAGUAUGUAGGUACCUAGGUAGGUAGGUAGCCAUCGAGGUCGGCAGGUACUGUUGCUCCUCCUCUCUGACUC